AUGUCACGACUAUCUGAACGAUGUAAACACAUCACGGACAUCGCUCGAGGCAGUGUCAGGGCACUACAAAUUUCACAUAAAGGGAAUCUCCCCAAAAAGAUUAGUAACAACAAUGGGUUGGCUUGGAAAAGGAAAAAAGUAUACGAAAAAAACAAAAAGUUAUUCAAAGUGACAGAAAAUGAAGUAAGUAAAGAUAAUAGAGAAUUGCGUAAUUUGCUUUUUAAAAAAAAGGAAUACUUGUUACACGAAAAGGAUAUUAGUAAAAUUUUAAAAAAAGUGAUAAAAAAAAAAAUUAAAAAUGACUGUGUUUGGGAUGAUAUACAGCGGAUACUUUUCAGUUUCAACUUGAGGUUCGUCAACGAGGGGGAAAAGGGUGCCACUGCUCCACUUCAGAACCCACCACAACAGGAAACGAAGCAAGGUAUAAAUCAAGAUUCACUUCAGAACCCGCAAAAUCGACAAGCCAAACAACUGAUCACAAACAAAGAAAGCAAAGACAGCUGCACCCCAUAUAACCAAUACUUUGACCACGUGAAUGUGUAUCUUUUGGCCAUAGCUAUGCAAAAGUUAAACAAAAGAAAUGCCAUUCUGUUCAGUUUUAUUUUCUCAUACUUAAGACAGUAUUACAAAAAUAUGGAACCUAGACAUUUUCUCGAAAUAUUCCAUAUCCUGACCAAAAAUACUUUCCGCCAUUUGGAAGUAACGGAGCAUUUCCCAUCUCCAUCAAGAUGUGAUAAGUUUGAUCGAGGGUGGAGAAAAAUUGCAAAAGGGACUUCAUGCAUGGGAGAAGAGAUGGAGAAGAAAAAAGAAAGAACCUCAUUCGAAAAUUAUGACCAGGUUUUUGCCCAAAAUUAUGACCAAGUUUUUGCCCAAAAUUAUGACCAAGUUUUUGCCCAAAAUUAUGACCAAGUUUUUGUCCAAAAUUAUGACCAGGUUUUUGCCCAAAAUUAUGACCAAGUUUUUGCCCAAAAUUAUGACCAAGUUUUUGCCCAAAAUUAUGACCAAGUUUUUGCCAAAAAUUAUGACCAAGUUUUUGCCAAAAAUUAUGACAGCAUUUUCUAUAAACACAAUGACCAUCAUGGGCGCGCCAAAACUUCGCUAGUUCAGCAACAUCCCUACAAGGAAAAAAUAAUCCAAUCAGAGAAAAACCUUCUGAACCUCUUAGCCCUGCACUGUUCAGAAAAUGUCAAUUUUUUUUCUCUAAACGAUAUUGGCAUUACUUGUGAAUCACUUUGUUUUUUUUCACUGAAAGAUAACCCAUUCGUCCACUUUUGGAAUGAUUUUCUUUUUUACAUUUUUGAAGUGUCUCCAGGAAGGGUGGGCGAAGGUGAUAAGAAGCUCAUUUGUGAGGGGACAAAUGGGGAGGACCCCCCGUUUUUAAGCAGGCGCAGUAAUUAUGUGAAAAAAUAUGAACGUUCAGAAUUUUUCGGGAAAAGGCGAAUUCAAAGGAGGAGGAAGAGGGGUGGUGGUGCAAGUCACCAAAACUAUGAAUGUCAGGAAAAUCACAAAAACAAUGAAUGUCGGGAAAAUCACAAAAAUCACGAACGCUACCAACUGUGUGAAAAGUAUGCAGAACUGAGCGGGAGAAAUGUGCUAAGUCUUCUUAAGUACAUUGCCCUGUACAAGGACACGCACCCACAGAUUACCCUUUUAGGAAAUAAAAUAAGUUUAAUUUUUUUUAAAAUGUCAUUUGACACAACUUUGCAUGAAUGUUCAGAAAUUUUCCACCUUUUCAAUUGUUUAGAUCAAUUAGACAAGAAUAAGAUGCACCUGAAGGAGAGAAUCGGUAUAUAUGAAGCACAAUUUGAAAAUGCAUUUUUAACUCAUCACGAUAUGAAAUGCCUCUUAACAAUAUCACAACUAUGUUUUGAAAUUUUUCAUUAUGUUCCAUUUCUCAAAAUUUAUGCAAACAAUGUACACAAAAUUUUCAAUGAAAAUGCAAUAAAGUUGAUAAAACUUCUUCUAAAAAGUUAUGAAUACAAUUGUGAAACGCACUAUGUGUGGCCAUGUGGAGGAAAAUCACAUUAUAUCGUGAAAAAAAAUGAUAUCUCAAAAAAGGCACACUCAAAUGGUGUAUGCAAAAAAAAAACGGAUUCUCUUACUUAUGUAUAUACUGAUAAUAUAGCUAGCCACGUUUACACUGGUGUAGAAAAUACAAUUAUAUGCCUCCUAUCUGCAUUGGUCCCCACUUGCCAUGAAGUCUUUACUCAACUUUCAUACAGAGAAAUACUUUUCUUAUUAGGAAUAUUCGAUAGGAACAAAGUAGAUAAUACAGACACACACAAAUUGAUAAGCAAGCUAAUAUGUGAUGAGAUGUACAAAAAGAUACUCUCAAUUGAACAUUUUCCACAUGUGUAUAUAGACUACAUAUUUUUAAUUACUAUGGCUAUAUAUAAAGAUAAAAAUUGUGUAGACAAUAAUUUGAUUCAUCAUUUAAUCAAAAUGAUUUUAAAAAAGAAAGAAGACAAGUUAUGGCAAAAACGGAGACAUCAUUAUACACUUUAUUUAUUAACUCUUUAUCGAGAAGGAGUAGGAGGAAGGAGAGCUAAUAAUAGGACCGUCUUCUCAUGGGUUCCAUACUUCAACUUUGUUUUUAGAAAUAUCUUUACCACAUUGGAGGAACGAACUUUGUACGAUUUCCUUUUAAUAUAUUUUAAAAAAACAGAACGGAACUAUUAUAAGCUUUUGAUAUGUCGGCUUUUUCCUGGGGAAGGACAAGGUAGAACGGACUUUCAUAAGAAUGGCGAACCAUGCCGAGGUGGAAAAAUCCAGAUGAAAGUUGUAGGAGAAAAUUCCCCAUCCCAGGUGUUCCUUCACAAUGAACUUUUGAUUUUGAGCGAAAAACAAUUCAAGAGAGAACUGCUAAAGAUGUUCUUACACCUGUGGAUUGCAUACCCAAUUAGGCCGGGAAGAAAACUUCUAGGUUUCCUAAUCGUCAUGAACACAUAUUAUGCAGAUGCAGAUAUGCGGUUCUACCUCUUCAGUCCCCACAUGGUGCGUAAAAUGAAGCGGUUCAUAGAACUACUUUCGGCAAAAAUGGCAACCAAGAAAGGAACUAGCUAUUUUGUACAUCUUUGUGACAACCCAAUAACGAAAGAACCCAUCCGAAUGAAUCUUUGCAAGCUCCAGUACUGUUAUCAGAGAAUCCUUAAUAAAGUGAAAAAGCUGGAGAAGCAUGAUAUAGUGAAGAAGAGUAUAAGUGUUGAUAAACACCAAUUAUUUAAUGCAAGUAGAAAUUAUUUACUUAACGAUUAUAAGCACAAGAAGAGUAUUGUCGUUCGGACAGAUAUACCAAAUGGGAGACCAGCUAAGUAUUUUCAAAAUUGUAAAAGAGGAGACGAUAUCUUGGGUUCCUUGUCAAUCUAUGGUCAAAUGGAUGGAUCUCCAUGA